AUGGGAGGACAUAUUGAUUGCUAUUUAGAUUGCUCUUCAUUCUACGGCUACUUAACCCUCCUCUACCUCCGCAAGCAACGAGAGCGCUUACUAGCCCACGAUGUUACCGUCGAAUUCUAUCCCAUCUUCCUCGGCGGCGUAAACGUAGGUUCAGGCAAUAAACCCCCUUGGACACUCCCGGCCAAGGCCACCUACGGAAAAUACGACUCAGACCGCGCCAAAAAAUACCACGGAAACCUCUCCAUCGAACCUCCAUCUUUCUUCCCCCCUCUAACCCUUCUACCACAACGCGCCCUCUGCUUCAUCAAAUCCGCCCAUCCCCCAGCUAUAUUUGAAGAAAUCUUCCUCAUCAUAUUUCAGAAAUUGUGGACGCCUCCCAACCAAGUCGAUGUGACAAAGCCGGACUUGUUUAAGGGUGUGUUGGAUGAAAGUGGGCUGUUUACGCGGGAGCAGGUCGAUGAGAUUCUGGUUAAAGCCGGGGAGAAGGAGUGGAAAGAUAAGCUGUUGGCGAAUACGAAGUUGGUGUUGGAGCAGGGGGCUUUUGGGGCGCCUUGGAUGUGGGUUAGGAAUUCGAAAGGCGAGGAAGAGCCGUUUUUUGGUAGUGAUCGAUGGCAUUUUAUGUGGGAGUACUUGGGAAUUCCGUGGCAAGAUAUCGAGAUCUUACCACCAAAAGAAGGGAACAAAUCAAAGCUUUAG